AAAUAGCAGAGAGAAAGCCCUGAAAGAAGGGGAUAAAAGCUCAAAAGGGGACACACCCAUUGAGCUGCUCACACUCUGUUUCUUCUUCUUCUCUCUUUCAAAAUAUUCCAUUCCAUUUCUCUUUCUCUUUCUUCAAUUUUUCUUCUCAACACUUUUUCUUUUUCCCCAUUUCCCCAUUUCCCAAUUCUUUCUUCUUCUUCUUCUUCUAAAUCUUGAAGAGAAGAGAAGAAAAUUUUGCAACACAGAGACACACCCCACUUUGUGAAGAAGCUUCAAUUACAAGAACACCUUAAAAGUGAAAUCCCCUCAAAACCCACUUUCAUUUUUGUCUCUCACAAGACACAAAAACCUUCCAACACUUUAUUCUCUCUAACACACUAUGAGUAAACAGGAUUUCAUGAACAUUCAGGCUUGUGCCCUUAGAGUUAACAUUCAUUGUGAUGGAUGCAAACAGAAGGUCAAGAAAAUUCUUCAGAAAAUUGAUGGAGUUUACACUGUGAAAAUAGAUGCAGAACAAGGGAAAGUGACAGUAACAGGAAACAUAGAUCCAGGGAAACUGAUAAAGAAGCUUGAGAAAUCAGGGAAACAUGCUGAGUUAUGGGGAGCUCAGAUAAGUUCAAACAACAAUAUGAACAAUUUCAACAAUCAGUUUAAGCAGAUGCAGUUUCAGAAUGUCAAAGGAGGAGUAGGAGGAAAAGACAACAAUAUGAACAACCACAAGUUUCAAAUGGAGAAAGCUUUUCUUCAACAUCAUCAACAACAACAGCAACAACAAUUGAAGGGCUCUAACAAAGGAGGAGGUAAUAACAACAAUAAUAUGCAUAGUCUUAUGGUUCCUCCUAAAGAUAAGAAGUCUGUUAAGUUCAAUUUGCCUGAGGAAGAUUCUGAUUUUAGUGAUGAUGAGUUUGAUGAUGAGUUUGAUGAUGAAUUUGAUGAUGAUGAUGAGUUUGAUGAUGAAGAUGAUGAGUUUAGCCAUGGACAUGGACAUGGAAAUGGACAUGGGCAUGGCUUACCUAACAAUAUGAUGCCUGUGAUGGGUAAAAAAGGAGGGUCAUUUGGGCCUAAUGAGUCCAAUGGAAUGAUUAAUUUCAAUGCUAUGAAUGGUAAGAAAGGUGGGGAUGGAGGUACUGCCAAGAAAGGUGAAGUUAUUGACUUUCCUGUUAUGAUGAAGGGUAAGGGAGGAGGAGGGGGUAAUGAAGGUAAAACCAACAAGGGAGGAGGGAAGAAAGACGGUAGCGGUAGCGAUAGCGGCAGUGGGACGAAGAGUAAGAGCAAAGGAGGGGAUCAGAAGAAAGGGGGGAAGGAUAAAAAUGGAGGGAAGAAAGGGGGUGGAUUUCUAGGACUAGGUAAAAAGGGGCUGUUUGGUUUUGGUGGUAAAAAUGGUAGCAAGAAAGACAGUGGUAGUAAGAAGAACAAAGGGAGCAGCAAUCAUAAAAGUGCUGAGAAUGGUGGAGGAAAACAUAAUGGCAAUGGGGCCAAAAAAGGAGGGAAAAAUGAUGGCCUCCAUGAGUUUGACAAGUUAGAUAUUGGCUUCCAUGACCUUGAUAUUACCAAACCAAGCAAAGGAGGAAAAGGAAGUGGUGGAAAUGGAGGUGGUAAUGGUAAGAAUAUGGGCCAAAUGGGCCAAAUGGGUCAUGCUAAUGGAAACAAAGGACAGAUGGGUCAUAUGGGACAGAUGGGCCCGAUGGGCCAGAUGGGCCAUGGUGGUGGCAAUAGGGGCCCACCAAUGGGAAAUUAUGCAAUGAAUCAGAUGGGUAACAUUCCAGCAGUACAAGGUCUACCAGCUCAACCAAUGAUGAAUGGAGGUGGAGGAUAUUAUCAAGGAAUGGGACAAGGGAAUCCUUACAGCCAACAACAACAACAGUACAUGGCUAUGAUGAUGAACCAACAAAGGGGAGUUGGGAAUGAUAUGUACCAACACAUGAUGUAUUCGCGCCCGAACCCAGCCGUGAACUACGCUCCACCGCCCCCGAUGUUCCCUCCAGUCGCAACCGAUCACUACACGCAUUUCUUCAGUGACGAGAAUACCGAUAGUUGCAGUAUCAUGUAAAUUUUGCCCUUUCCUUUGGUUUAUUUUCUAGGAUUAGUGUUUUUGUGGUAGUUUAUAUAGCUUUAGCUGAAUGUAGAAAAUGGGUGCAAGGCUUUUAUAGUAGUACCAUUGCUUGUGUUACUUGAGAAAAAAAAAAAGAAGAAAAAAAUGGGAUCAAAACUUUGAUUCUUUACUGUUUAGUACCUCAAAAACCCACUUAUUAUUUUACUGUUUUUCUUUUUUAUUUUUUGCCCUUUUGUCAUUAUGAUGACUUUCAACUUGCAGAGAUAAUAAAAACAGAGUCCUUAGGGCUCCACAGUACCUUAUCAUGACA